CCACACAAACUUACACACAUAGUUCUUAAUAACCAUGUCGUCUAACACUGAAAUCAAGAAGAAGCCAGUUUCCUUCUCCAACAUUCUUCUUGGAGCUGGUCUCAAUUUGGCUGAAGUCACCACUUUAGGUCAACCAUUGGAAGUUGUUAAGACCACCAUGGCUGCCAAUAGAUCCCUUACUCUCCCCAAUGCUGUCAAGCAUGUUUGGUCCAGAGGUGGUUUCAGUGGUUUCUACCAGGGUCUUAUUCCUUGGGCAUGGAUCGAAGCCUCCACCAAGGGUGCAGUUCUUCUCUUUGUUUCAGCUGAAGCUGAAUACCAAUUCAAGCGUUUGGGUGCCUCUCCAUUUGUUGCCGGUAUGGGUGGUGGUGUUUCCGGUGGUCUUGUUCAAUCUUACCUUACCAUGGGUUUCUGUACAUGUAUGAAGACCGUGGAAAUCACUCGUUCCAAGCAAGCCGUCACUCCAGGUGUUCCACAACAAUCUUCUUUCCAAGUCUUCAAGUCCAUCUAUGCCAAAGAAGGGAUCCGUGGUAUCAACAAGGGUGUCAAUGCCGUUGCCAUCCGUCAAAUGACCAACUGGGGUUCCCGUUUCGGGUUCUCCAGAUUGGCUGAAGAUGGUAUCAAGAAGUUGACUGGUAAGGGUGAGAAGGACAAGUUGAAUGCUGUUGAAAAAAUCGCUGCCUCUGUUGUUGGUGGUGGGUUAUCUGCCUGGAACCAACCAAUUGAGGUGAUCAGAGUGGAAAUGCAAUCCAAGACCUCCGAUCCAAACAGACCAAAGAAGUUGGGUGUUGGUUCUGCCUUCAGUUACAUCUACAAGAACAACGGUUUGAAGGGUUUGUACAGAGGUGUUGCCCCACGUAUUGGGUUGGGUGUGUGGCAAACUGUCUUUAUGGUUGCCUUUGGUGAUAUUUUCAAGAAGCUUCUCAAUACCGAAGGUGCUGGUCAUUAACGAUGUUUCUCCCAUCACAUUGAUAUUGAACUGUCUUAGUUUUAUAGAGAUUAUAUCAAAAUUACUCAAAGCUAUAUCGUAGAUAGACCCC